AUGCGCAUGUCCAAUUAUGGCCGAGAAAGUCCCAGUCCGGGCACCAAAAUGGGGCAGUGGAUGGAGUACUGUCACCGAGAAGAGAGAAUAACUAAGACUAUCGCAAUGCGAAACGGUCAGAAAAAUGGAACCUGGCUGGAAGAUGAUGAGGUCAAGGCACAAAACGAAGGCCCCUUCAACAACGCCUACUACGAGUUUGACACGACGAGCCACUCCCGAAAGAACAUCGACAACCGCCAGUACAACCGUAUUUUCAACGCUGACUGCAAUUACGAUCCAAAGCUUCACCGCGAUGACAGGUCAAAUGCUAAAUCGCGCGGCCUCAACGUUUAUCAAGAAGAAACUCGAAGAGUGACGCCUCUCUUGUCUAACGCUCAAUACGGUGCCCGACCUCCACUGGAAAUUCCCGAUGGAAAAAACCGACGAGUUAACGUUGUCAAAGGAGAAUUCUUCAGCAACAGCCGAAUUUCUCUUGGACAAACUAAAGACUAA